CAGCAAACCGCCUCACCGGAGCCCAACCUCCCCCAAAAACACACACAGAAGAAAAAUCAGAUCCAUAAAAAUCCCAAAUUAAAAUUCGAAGGGUUUGAAGGAAAACCCUAAUUUCUCCCUUCUAAAUCUCUCGAUAUCGAUUCGAUUUGAUUCGAAUCGAGAGCUUUAAACGAUGGGAGAUUUCAACCUUGCUCUGGUAAUCGUCGCUAUAGUCGUAUGUGUCCUCGUGUUCCUCGUCAAUGUCUACCUCCUCGUCAAUUACCAGCACCCGGACGACGCAAACCAAGCAUAUUUCCCCAAAUUCGUCGUCGUUUUUGGGCUCUCCGUUGCCGCCAUUUCCAUACUCAUGUUACCGGCUGAUGUCGCCAAUCGUCAGGCCUGUAGGCACUCGAUAUACAAUGGCGCGUGUAACCUCACCUUGCCUAUGAAAGAUCUCUGGCUCGCCAUUUAUAUCAUCGAUGCCGUGCUCGUUUUCUUCGUAAUCCCCUUCGCCAUGUUUUACUACGAAGGAGACCAGGACAAGAGUGUUGGCAAACGGAUAAAAAGCGCGUUGCUUUGGGUGAUGACAACAGCAAUUGUUUGUGCUCUUCUGCUUGGCAUUCUAUAUGGACUGGUUGGGAAGGUGGAUUUUACGGUUAGGCACCUAUCUUCUGCCACCAUUAUUUUCCCAAGUGCUUGGGAUUUCUCUAGCAGCCAGCCAUGUAUUGGUGGAAGUGGCGCACGUGCGUGCUCCGCAUAUACUGCAAAUGCUUCAUCUGAGAAAACGUGGACUAUGCGCACUACCUUUCCAGAAUAUGUUGUUGCUCUUGCUACGAUUGUUGGAUCUGUUCUUUUCUCGAUAUUUGGUGGUGUAGGUAUUGCUUGUCUGCCUCUUGGGCUUAUCGCAUCAUUUAUCCGCCGCCCAAAGGCUGUUAUCACUCGCUCACAGUAUAUAAAGGAAGCAACCGAACUUGGUAAAAAGGCAAGAGAUCUGAAGAAAGCAGCUGAUGCACUUCAUCAGGAAGAAAGAAGUGGUUCUAAGGGUAGAAAGUGGCGUAAAAAUGUUAAGUCUGUGGAAAAGGAGUUGCUUCAGCUGGAAGAGGAUGUAAAGCUUUUGGAAGAGAUGUACCCUCAAGGAGAAAAAGCUGAAACAUCCUGGGCGAUGACGGUUCUUGGAUACUUGGCAAAACUUGUGUUAGGAAUCCUAGGGUUGAUUGUUUCAGUGGCUUGGGUUGCUCAUAUUGUCAUAUACCUUCUGAUUGAUCCACCACUUUCUCCCUUCCUGAAUGAGGUUUUCAUCAAACUGGAUGAUAUAUGGGGUCUUGUGGGUACUGCAGCAUUUGCAUUCUUUUGCUUCUACCUUCUUCUCGCUGUGAUUGCUGGUGCAAUGAUGCUUGGUCUGAGAUUAGUUUUCAUUACGAUUCAUCCUAUGAAGUGGGGAGCCACUCUAAUGAACUCUUUUCUGUUCAAUGUGGCACUUAUUCUUUUAUGCUCAAUAAGUGUCAUUCAGUUCUGUGCCACAGCAUUUGGGUACUAUGCUCAAGCAACUGCUGCCCAGGAAAUAUUCGGCCACACGUUGCAGUCUCUUCGAGGAAUUAAAUAUUUGUACAAGUAUAAUGUAUUUCAAAUUGCAUUCGUUGUUCUAGCGGGAUUGACCUUCGUGUAUUAUAUUGCCUUUGGAUGGAAAAGAAAAAAACCUAGUGGCAGGUUCCAACUUUCCUCUUAAGAAUGUUUUCCCUAGAAGCUGAUGCACUCCCUUGAGCAAUUGGAAUUCUCUGUUUUAUCAUCCCUUUUGGAGUGUGUUUCAUACGCUUGGAUUGCAUACGGCCUGAUUUUGAAUGUGGAAGGUUUAGAGGGAUAGGCUAACGCCAUCCGAGUUAAAUUGGUUGCCUGAAGUAGGAGCAUAUUGAGUGCUUCAACUGCUUUUUCAUUAUCUUGCUUUGCUGGCCUUUUGUAAGUAUUACUACUAUUUUUUUGUUUGAUUAAUGUUACACAUUUGGCUUGGGCAUGUAAUUGAGGUAUCAUUGACAGUUGACACGGGGGAACCGGGAUUGUAGAACUCGUUUUGAUGUAAUAUAAGUAUCUAACCUUCAGAGAACAGAAAAAUUAAUGAGCAAUUUAUGCUUUUGUUUGUUGGAAUUGUACUAAAUUUAUGCUUUGUUGUUUCCAUAAAUAUUUCAGAUUGUUGAUUGGUAACAACCAAUUGUUUGGUCAUCCUUCCUGGCUUCAAUUUUUCGUGUUUCUGUUAUUAAUUUUUCAUUUUACAAUAAUGCACGGCUUGGGUGCCUUUUCUACUGAAUUGAUAAAAUAUGCAAAGUAA